GCCGCUGCCGCCGCCCCGCUGCCCGCUCGCCUGAGGCGCGGCCAUCCGCCGCGGGGACCAUGGCGAGCGCCGCCGAGCCCCCGGGCACGGCGGCCGAGUACCUGCAGGAGCUGACCCGGAUCGUCGCGGCGCAGCAGGAGCUGCUGGCGCAACGGCGGCGGCGCAUCGAGGAGCUGGAGCGCCAAGUGGCGCGGCUGAGCCGCGAGAACGCCGGCCUGCUGGAACGGCACCGGCGACACCUGGCCGCGUGCGCUCGGCGCCCGGACCCCGGCCCUUCGCCGCUCGGCGCCAUCCCCGAGCUCGGCAGCCGCCGCGACAAGUCUGAAGAAGAAAGCUCCCGUAGCAUCAGGAGCUCCCUGGAGACCGGAAGCAGCCUCUCCACUGACCGAUACAGUGUUGAGGGCGAGGCCCCCAGCAGCGAGACUGGCACAUCGCUGGACAGCCCCUCGGCCUACCACCAGGGUCCCCUGGUACCUGGUUCCAGCCUGAGCCCAGACCACUACGAGCACACAUCAGUGGGUGCCUAUGGGCUGUACGCAGGGCCAGGACCACAACAGCGCACUCGGAGGCCCCGGUUGCAGCACUCGACCUCCGUCCUGCGCAAGCAGGCUGAGGAGGAGGCCAUCAAGCGCUCUCGGUCACUGUCUGAGAGCUAUGAGCUCUCUUCAGAUCUGCAAGACAAGCAGGUGGAAAUGCUAGAACGCAAGUAUGGGGGACGCCUUGUGACCCGCCAUGCAGCUCGCACCAUCCAGACGGCGUUCCGCCAGUACCAAAUGAACAAGAACUUUGAGCGCCUGCGCAGCUCCAUGUCGGAGAACCGCAUGUCACGCCGCAUUGUGCUGUCCAACAUGAGGAUGCAGUUCUCCUUCGAGGGCCCCGAGAAGGUGCACAGCUCCUACUUUGAGGGCAAGCAAGUCUCUGUGACCAAUGAUGGCUCCCAGCUGGGGGCCCUGGUGCCGUCAGAAUGUGGAGACCUUAGCGACCCAGCCCUCAAGUCUCCAGCGCCCUCCAGUGACUUUGCAGACGCCAUCACGGAACUGGAGGAUGCGUUCUCCCGGCAGGUGAAGUCCCUGGCCGAGUCCAUCGACGAUGCCCUCAACUGCCGCAGCCUACACAGUGAGGAGGUGCCAGCCCCAGACACAGCGCGGGCCCGGGACACCGAGCCCAAGCAGAGCCUGCAUGGCAUGGACCACCGCAAGCUGGAUGAGAUGACAGCCUCGUACAGUGACGUCACCCUCUACAUUGAUGAGGAAGAGCUCUCACCCCCUCUACCGCUCUCACAGGCUGGGGAUCGGCCUUCCAGCACAGAGUCGGACCUGCGGCUAAGGGCUGGGGGUACAGCCCAGGACUACUGGGCCUUGGCCCACAAGGAGGACAAGGCCGACACAGACACGAGCUGCCGAAGCACACCGUCGCUGGAGCGGCCAGAGCCGCGGCUGCGAGUGGAGCACCUUCCCCUGCUCACCAUUGAGCCACCCAGUGACAGCUCCGUGGAGCUCAGUGACCGCUCAGAUCGAAGCUCACUCAAGAGGCAGAGCGCCUAUGAGCGCAGCCUCGGUGGACAGCAAGGCAGCCCCAAGCACGGCCCCCACGGUGGCCCCCCCAAAGGCCUCCCCCGGGAGGAGCCUGAGUUGCGGCCUCGGCCCCCCAGGCCCCUCGAGAGCCACCUGGCCAUCAAUGGUUCCGCCAACCGGCAGAGCAAGUCUGAGUCUGACUACUCAGAUGGGGACAACGAUAGCAUCAACAGCACCUCCAACUCCAACGACACCAUAAACUGCAGCUCCGAGUCCUCGUCCCGGGACAGCCUGCGGGAACAGACACUCAGCAAGCAGACCUACCACAAGGAGACCCGCAACAGCUGGGACUCGCCAGCCUUCAGCAAUGAUGUCAUCCGUAAGAGACAUUACCGAAUUGGCCUGAAUCUCUUCAACAAGAAGCCUGAGAAGGGCAUCCAGUAUCUCAUUGAGCGCGGCUUCGUGCCCGACACGCCAGUGGGGGUGGCCCACUUCCUGCUGCAGCGCAAGGGCCUCAGCCGCCAGAUGAUCGGUGAGUUCCUGGGAAACCGGCAGAAGCAGUUCAACCGUGAUGUGCUCGACUGUGUUGUGGACGAGAUGGACUUCUCUGCCAUGGAGCUAGAUGAAGCCCUCCGCAAGUUCCAGGCACACAUCCGAGUCCAAGGGGAGGCCCAGAAAGUGGAGCGGCUCAUCGAGGCAUUCAGCCAGCGGUACUGUGUCUGCAACCCUGGGGUGGUACGGCAGUUCCGGAACCCAGACACCAUCUUCAUCCUGGCCUUUGCGAUCAUCCUGCUCAACACAGACAUGUACAGCCCCAAUGUCAAGCCUGAGCGCAAGAUGAAGCUGGAGGACUUUGUCAAGAACCUCCGAGGUGUGGAUGAUGGUGAGGACAUUCCACGGGAGACACUGAUUGGCAUCUAUGAGCGGAUCCGUAAGCGGGAACUGAAGACCAACGAGGACCAUGUGUCCCAGGUGCAGAAGGUUGAGAAGCUCAUCGUGGGCAAGAAGCCGAUCGGAUCCCUGCAUCACGGGCUUGGCUGUGUACUCUCUCUUCCCCAUCGACGGCUGGUCUGCUAUUGCCGGCUUUUUGAAGUUCCAGACCCCAAUAAACCCCAGAAGCUGGGACUGCACCAGAGAGAGAUCUUCCUGUUCAAUGACCUCCUGGUGGUCACCAAGAUCUUCCAGAAGAAGAAGAACUCAGUGACAUACAGCUUCCGUCAGUCCUUUUCGCUCUAUGGCAUGCAGGUCCUGCUCUUCGAGAACCAGUACUACCCCAAUGGCAUCCGGCUGACGUCUGCUGUCCCUGGAGCAGAUAUCAAAGUGCUAAUAAACUUCAACGCUCCCAAUCCUCAGGACCGGAAGAAGUUCACUGAUGACCUGAGGGAGUCUGUUGCUGAAGUGCAGGAGAUGGAGAAGCACCGGAUAGAGUCCGAGCUCGAGAAACAGAAGGGUGUCGUGCGGCCCAGCAUGUCACAGUGCUCCAGCCUCAAAAAGGAGUCGGGCAACGGGACCCUGAGCAGGGCCUGCCUGGAUGACAGCUAUGCCAGUGGCGAGGGCCUCAAGCGCAGCGCCCUCAGCAGCUCCCUGAGAGACCUCUCAGAAGCGGUUUCAGCCCUUCCAGCCACCGCAGCCUCCAGUGCUGUGCUCCUAAGCCUAGGACCCGAGGACUGCCUGUGGCCUCUGCCUGCGCGGAGUCCCUUUCAGAAAGGAAGGAGCCGCCGCCUGACCGUGGGCUGCGUCUAGGACCUUGUGAGCCAGCGGGCCGGCCCGACCACAAGAGAUCAGGAGCCCAGUCGGGCCCAUCGUCACCCUGCUGGCCUGCUGGGGCCACCCAUUUCCCUUCUCUCCUCCCUGUCCUGUCGUCAUCGUCGUCGAGGUCACGUACCAGCAGAUCUGCAAACUGAGCACUUUGUAUCUCUGCAGAGAGCAAAUCCCGCACCGUGGAGGUCAGCCUUCUGUCUCCCAGUGACUCGGCCUGCCUGCCCCAUCCUCUGUCGGCAUGGCUCAUCUUCUCAUCUCCACAGAAAGAGAACUGAUAAGCAUAGUGUAUCCGGCUGGGACCAGCUGGUGAGGAGCUGCCGGCUUCCCAGCGCCCCGAGCCCCAUGCUUCCCUUAGGCUCUAAGCACUGUCUGUCCUCAGCUGAAGGACACUGUCUGAGAAGGAAGGGGAACUGUGCUGCAUGUCACCCGGCACCAGUCGUGUGGGGCUGUGCUCUCUGUAUUGUACAUUUGCAAAAAUACACCAGUGUUACUGUUGGCAAGGAGUCGGAGUGCUGACCUUAAAUAUGCCGGCUUUUUCCGCCCUCUUUUGAGCCAGUGGUAAGUUAGCCACGAACUUGAGAUUGUCCUGAAAAAGACGUGACCGUUAGAUACACUCUCGCUCUUUUCCAAGGGUCGCCACUCGGAAGGAAGGUCCAAUCAUCUGGUGGGGCAGGGCCUCCCUCUCUCCAGUCCCCUGCCCUUCCUUGGCUAGCCCGGGCUCUGGGCUCCUCCCUGCUACCCUCCAUGUGUCCUGGAGACCUGCUGAAGAUAAUGGUGGGUUCUAGGGACCAGACUUCUCAGCACCCUCAGCCUUUCUCUGGGGUUCCAGCUCUCUGAGUUAUUGGGUCAGAGUGAUGAGACCUUGUGAUCCUGUGUUGUUUUGCAGACAGAGACGUGUCUUCAGAGGGUGUGUCUGGACCUGCAAGUCACACAGCAGCACUAGCUUGGAAAGCACAAGCUCCUAGCAUACUGGUGUCCCCUUGACCUGGCAUACAGUCAGGACAUUGAGGCACUGUGGUCCCUAUCUGAGGAGAGGGGAGACGGGAAGAGGCAGAGAGCCUCUGAGUACACCUCUGCUUAUCACUGUCGGGACACACUGGGGCCCUGCACUGAUGAAUGGCACAGGGUAUUUGGGUCAUCUGUGGAACUGGUGGCCAACAGGAGGCAGCUGGUAACGUCACAGAGGGCUUUCCAGGGACAACAGUGAAGUUGUGGGUUUGUGUUUUUUUUGAAGCUCCCAA